AGCAGGCAUCAUGUGGAUCCAGGUUCGCACCAUGGACGGGAAGGUGGCCCACAGCGUGGGCUCGCUCUCCAGGCUGACCAAGGUGGAAGAGCUGCGGGAGAAGAUCCAGGAGCUGUUCCACGUGGAGCCCGGCCGACAGCGGCUCUUCUACCGGGGCAAGCAGAUGGAGGAUGGCCACACCCUCUUCGACUAUGAUGUUCGCCUGAAUGACACCAUCCAGCUCUUGGUUCGGCAGAACCUCAUGCCUCCUCCCCCCAGUAGCAGCAGCAGCAACAACCAGGAGAGAGACUCUGAGCUUUCUGACACGGAUUCUGGCUACUGCCUGGGCCAGAGCGAGUCGGACAAGUCCUCGACUAGCGGUGAGGUGGCUGCGGAGGCGGACAGGAAUUCAGGCUUAUCUGAUGAGGCAGUGUGUGAUGAGACGGAGCUGGGCCUGUACAAGGUCAAUGAGUACGUUGAUGCUCGGGACACGGAUGUGGGAAGUUGGUUUGAGGCGAAGGUUGUCAGGGUGACAAAGAAGCCACCAUCCCAGGACACGCCUAGUAGCUCCACCUCAUCUCAGGACACGCCUUGUAGCUCUGCUUCGUCCCAGGACACGCCUUGUAGCUCCGCCUCAUCCAAGGACACGCCUUGUAGCUCUGCUUCCUCUCAGGACGCACCCUGUUGCUCAGCCUCCACAUUGGAAGAAGACGAUGACGUCAUUUAUCACGUGACAUAUGAUGAUUACCCGGAAUACGGUGUGGUCCAGAUGAGUUCACAGAACGUCCGGGCUCGAGCCCGAGAAAUCAUCAGAUGGCAGGAGCUGAAGGAGGGCCAGGAGGUCAUGCUCAACUACAACCCCGAUAGCCCGAAGGAACGGGGCUUCUGGUACGAUGCAGUGAUCACGCGGAAGAACCAGACCCGGACAUCGCGGGAGCUGUAUGCUAACGUCAGGCUCGGGAGUGGUUCUCUCAGCAACUGUCGGAUCAUGUUUGUGGAUGAAGUUUUCAAGAUUGAGCGUCCGGGCGAGGGGGCCCCCAUGGUGGAAAACCCAGUGAAAAGGAAGAACAAGCCCUUCUGCGAUAAAUGCAAGGAUAACCCGAGCAAGCCCUGCCAUGAGUGUUCCUGCAGCCUGUGUGGGAGCAAGCAGGAUCCCGACAAGCAGCUCAUGUGUGAUGAUUGCGACCACGCCUUUCACUUGUACUGCCUCAACCCGCCUCUCAGCAGUGUUCCCACGGAGACCGAGUGGUUCUGCCCUAAAUGUCGAAAUGACGCCAGUGAGGUGGUGUUGGCAGGGGAGAAGCUGAAAGAGAGUAAGAAGAAGUCGAAAAUGGCAUCGGCCACAUCGUCCUCGCAGCGGGACUGGGGCAAGGGCAUGGCGUGCGUGGGGCGCACCAAGGAGUGCACCAUCGUUCCAUCCAACCACUACGGACCCAUCCCAGGGAUCCCCGUGGGCACCAUGUGGAGGUUCAGAGUCCAGGUCAGUGAGUCGGGGGUCCAUCGGCCGCACGUGGCGGGCAUCCAUGGCCGGAGCAAUGAUGGGGCGUACUCCCUGGUCCUCUCUGGGGGGUAUGAGGACGAUGUGGACAAUGGGGAAUCUUUCACGUAUACUGGUAGCGGUGGUCGAGAUCUUUCCGGCAACAAGCGGACUGCAGAACAGUCUUGUGAUCAGAAACUCACCAACACCAACAGGGCACUGGCUCUCAACUGCAGCGCCCCCAUCAACGAACGCAAAGGGGCCGAGGCCAAGGACUGGCGCUCAGGGAAGCCGGUCCGGGUGGUGCGCAACGUCAAGGGCCGCAAGCACAGCAAAUACGCCCCCACUGAGGGCAACCGGUACGACGGCAUCUACAAGGUUGUGAGGUACUGGCCUGAGAAGGGGAAGUCCGGCUUCCUGGUAUGGCGCUAUCUUCUGCGGAGGGACGAUGAGGAACCUGGCCCCUGGACGAAGAAAGGGAAGAACCGGAUCAAGCAGCUGGGACUGACCAUGCAGUAUCCAGAAGGCUACCUUGAGGCUCUGGCCAAGAAGGAGAAGGAGAAAGAGAACAGAAAGAGGCCGACUGAAGAGGCAGAGGAGAAAGACGAACAGGAGGAAGAAGAGGAAGAUUUCACGUCCCCCAGGAAGAACAAACGGAGGAGUAAGUCAGAAGGUGCCUGCUCCCCGAGGGUUACACCCAAGAAAACCAAGGUGGAGCCUUACAGCCUCACAGCCCAGCAGAAGGCCCUCAUCAAGCAGGACCAGAGCAACACUAAGCUGUGGACCGAGAUCCUCAAGUCACUCAAGGAUGGGCCGAAAUUCCUGAAUAAAGUAGAAGAAACAUUCCAGUGUAUUUGCUGCCAGGAGCUGGUAUUCCGCCCAAUCACCACCGUGUGCCAACACAACGUGUGCAAGAAUUGCCUGGAUAGAUCCUUCAGAGCCCAGGUGUUCAGCUGCCCUGCCUGCCGCGGCGAACUGGGCCGAAACUACUCCAUGAAGGUGAACCAGCCGCUGCAGGCAAUCCUUACCCAGCUCUUCCCCGGUUAUGGCAACGGACGGUGAUCCACAAGCACUUCUCGCCGGGCGUUUUUAAAAAACGCAUCAGAGGCGUCCUUGGCCCCUCUUGUUUUUAGUGGGCUUAACUUAAGUAUGUAGUUUUUCCUCUACUUCCUAAAAACCCUUGUCUUCCUGGUUUUGUUUUUUUAAUCUAUAAAUUUUUAGGAAUUUGUAUUAUGGCUCAAAGAAAGAAAGUUAGACUGCUCAGUGUUUUAUCUUGGUUUUUAAAAUAAGUAUAAAGCCUGCAGUGUAUGAGCAAAAACACAAAUGUUUUUUCUGAAGAUGAAAUUAGAAAUUACUUGGCCUGAAGGCCGCUAUGUUGCCAACAUCAGGUUCUCAGAGGCUCCUGCAGGAAGGCAUUGACUGCCUAGAACCACCUUUCCCAGGUGUGUGGGCUUGGCCCCAAAGCUGAAAGCGGGCAUACCUCCUGACAGCGUUUCAUCGCCAGAACUCAGCAGGGUGGUACCUGGUGGUGGCCCUGGGUGUGGCGUGGCCCAGGAGUCAUCCAUCAGGACCUGCUGAAAGGGAGAAAGGAAAAGAUCCCAUUCAGCCCAGUUUAAACUCUGGCCUCACAGCCAUCCGCCACCAGCCGGCUUCCGUGGUUAAGACCCACAAGCAGAGACCUGUGUCCCUUGAGCAGAGUUGAGGCCACACAGAAGCUACCUCCGCUGGACUGUCCUGUAUGUGGAGCCGGUGUGCAGCCAAACGCUGUCCCCUCUGGCACGCCGCAGAGGUAGAUGCAUUAAGCCAUGUUCAAGUGCCUUUGGUUCUUCCUUUCUAAGCACGGGGCUCUUUUUUAGCACUGAAUUACUGAAAAUGCCAACCAGACUCUAGAUUGGCCAACCGGUUCUUUCCAAAUCUGGGUGAGUGGGGAUAGGUUGAGUUUUGUUCUUCCUUUACAUUGACUUUUCAACUCACCAAUUAAGAUUUACAAGAGGGAAUUUGUUUUUAAA